AUGGAUUCCAGAAGUGCCAGUGAGUCAGACGAAGAUGCAAUUACUGCGGUUUCAGGAAAGCGGAAUCGGGAAGGCGUGCGGGUCAACCCUCAGGCCAGCGGGAAGAAGCAGGUGCGAAUAGCUGAUGAAGGCGAGGAAGAACAAGACGAGCAGGAGGACGAAGAGGAGGACGUGGACGAGGGCGCAGAGGGCAAGCGGAGAAAGAAGAAGAAGCUGAACAAAAACCUGCAGGGUGUGAACGGCGGAUAUGCAUGGGAAGACGAAAUCCAGCGAAGCUGGGACCUGGUUAAGGUGGACAACGAGGGGAACAUGGCCGCGCUGGUGGCGAGCAUCAUUGAGGCGCGCAAAAAGCGGUCUGCAAACAAGGACAUCACCCCCUACCAGCGCGGCAUCAUCCGGACGAUGAUCCUAGUGAUCGACUGCAGCGAGGCGAUGCUCGAGCGGGACCUGCGGCCCAACCGGCACGCUAUGACGGUGCAGUAUGCGAUUGACUUUGUGCACAACUUCUUCGACCAAAACCCAAUUUCCCAGCUGUGUAUUGUUGCCAUGCGGAACGGUAUGGCGCAGCUGGUCAGCCAGGUCAGCGGGAACCCGCAAGAGCAUAUCGAGGCGCUCAAGGCCGUCCGCAAGCAGGAGCCAAAGGGCAACCCGUCUUUGCAGAACGCGUUGGAGAUGGCUCGCGGACUGCUCCUGCACGUGCCGUCUCACUGCACGCGCGAGGUGCUGAUAGUGUUUGGCGCGCUGUCGUCCACGGACCCCGGCGACAUUCACCAGACCAUUGCCUCGCUUGCCAACGAGCACAUCCGCACCCGCGUCAUCGGCCUCUCCGCGCAGGUCGCCAUCUGCAAGGAGCUCUGCAAGCAGACAAACUACGGUGACAACUCCUACUACGGUGUGAUUCUGAACGAGACACACUUCAAAGACCUUUUUGCCGAAGCCGUCGUACCGCUACCCGUCAACAAGAUGAACAAGGGCUUCACCCUUGUAAAAAUGGGGUUCCCCACGCGCAUAUUCGAAGACACGCCCUCGUUCUGCACAUGCCACUCCCGUCUCGUGCACGGAGGCUAUUUCUGUCCGAACUGCAAGAGCAAGGUGUGCUCCCUGCCCAUUGUCUGCCCAUGCUGCGACCUAAUGCUCAUUCUCUCGACCCACCUUGCGCGCUCAUACCACCAUCUAAUGCCACUCAAGGUCUUCCAAGAACUUCCCGUUGACAUACAGUUUCCAACCGAGAACUGUUUCAGCUGUCAGAAGAAGUUUCCGAGGCUGCGGAACUACAAGACGCAAGAUCUACUCACAAGCUCGCGUUACCGCUGUGAAAACUGCAAGUGUGAUUUUUGCAUAGAUUGCGACGUUUUUGUGCACGAAAUUCUACACAACUGCCCAGGAUGCGAGUCCAAGGCUGUCUUGUAG